GCUGCGGUGCACGCAAUGUCGUUUGGUAAUCGAAAAUUUGCAACAAAUCUCGAACCACUCAGUUCAUCUCAGUGCGACCCGGAGUUAAGCCCGAUCACCAACGAUACGACCAUGUCCGGAUUAGAGUUGGUUGGUAUUAUAUUGGGAGGAAUCCCUCUCGUGAUAUCAGCUCUUGAGCAUUAUAAGGAGGGACUUCGUUCAGUUCAGAUAUGGCGGAAGUAUGGCCGAGAGCUUAGCAGCCUCGUGCGCCAACUUCAAUUGCAACAAAACAUAUUGACAAAUGUGUUUGAAACGCUUCUAGAGGAUCUUGGCCUGGGGUCGAAAGUAGACAUCAUGGUCAAAGAGCCCUUUGGACGGCUUUGGCAAGACCGCGAAAUCAAGAACAAGCUGUCGCAGAGACUCUAUCGCGAUUACGGUCUCUUUGAGGAUACUGUAAAGAACAUGGCAGAGGCAAUCGAGGAGGUUAAGAGAAAGCUUGGCUUAGACGCUGAUGGCAAAGUCAAAUGGAUCGAAGCCGGCUCAUGGAAACGGGAGGUAAAGCGAGCGUCCUUCACUUUCAGCCGAGGGCAAUAUCAAGAGCUCCUGUGUACACUCAAAGAUGGCAAUACUUACCUAGAAACGUUAACCCGCCACAAUGUGGAUUUGGAGCCUAAGAGAAGAGCCAGGCUCCAAAUGAGAUUCUUCAACUUACUUCGGCUUGUAAUAAGAAGCAUUUAUCAUGCUCUUCGGGGCAGUUUUUCUUGUCGCUGCACGCAUGGACUGAGCAUCGAACUUUCUGUGCCAAAGCCACAAGCAGGACAGAACGAUGCAGACGAGGAAAUCGUUGCUGGUUUUCUGUUUCGGAUAGGUCUGUCAUCAGCUCCAAACAGUCCCUCGAACUGGAAAGAAGUUCUUCUGCGGUAUUCUCGAGCACCACAGCUAGUCACCUUGAGCAGCGCACAAUCAGGAUCAUCCAAGAAGUCUACCAAAUUCUCUCAGAUUUCAAACUCGACAGUGUCUCGCAUGACCAAUAUAUAUAGCUCCCAAUCAGUCACCAUCACUCAUACACAGUCGAUGAGCCUAGCCGCAUCGUCACUGCCUAUAGCGAUGGCGAACGUGAAGCUUGGUACCUCAGUGUCGAGCCCGGCUCUUGCACAGAUCAUGGAUAUCUGUUCAUCAGUCAUAAAACCGACCGAUGGCAACGCAUCGUGUUGCUACGGAACUGUAUCAAACUAUACAGCUAAGCAAUUCUCAAACUUUGAGAUCCACUCCACUCCAACACCCCAUUCUCACAGAGAGACUAUCGUUACCUUGGACGACAUACUCAGAUGCAAAGACGAUUCAUUGGCUACUUUGGUCUACACAAAUAAGAUCAGAAUGGUUUAUGCUAUAUCAUACGCGGUUCUCCAAUUAUCUCAGACCCCUUGGCUAUCAUACGCGCCUUCCAGUAAAAACAUCAUCUUCAUUCGUAGGGCUGAGUCGAUUGACUACAACCAAGCGUUUGUCACGAGGGACGUCCUGGAGCCAUCCCAAGACCCGGCCUCUAAUAGUGGUGGUAGCCCGUUUGUAGUGCGGAGUCCUACAUUGCUGGCCCUUGGCAUUAUCCUUAUUGAGAUCAUGCUGCAGAAGCCAUUUGAAGUACUUAGAAAAUCAGCCACGCCAUGGAAUGAAGCGACCGUAUUAGACCCGCGGUUGGACAUUGAGGCAGCACGGAAGUUAGCCAUGCGCGUCGGCAAUGAAUUUGGUUCGACUUUUGGAAGCGCAAUACAGCGCUGCGUCGAUUGCAACUUCAAUUGCGAGAACCUCAGCCUCGACGACGAAGUAUUUCGCCAAGAAUUUUAUGCCAGCGUUGUCGCCCUGCUUGAGGAGAACGUCAGGAAUGCAGGCCUGGCGUGUUAG